CGAACCGCGUGGCUUCAGUUUGCGGAUUCCCCUGGUUUGCCGCGCGCAAAAAGAGUUUCCCAACACUCGAACAACUCCAAACAAUUCGCAAGUCGAAUUUACAAAACACGCCCGAAUCUAGUUCGACAAGCAGGCAAAGACCGACGAAAAUAAUUGACUGUGAUUUUUGGAUUAACUCUCUGAACGAAAUAUCAAAAAAUAACAAGCAACAAUGCCCGCCAGAGUACCAGAAGUUCGCAACGGCGAUAUGAGCCGCUCCCACAAUGACGACAUCAUUAUUUCCGGCAUAUCUGCGCGUCUGCCAGAGAGUCAGACCAUGGAAGAGUUCAAGCAACAUCUCUUCGAUGGUACCGAUCUGGUCACAGACGAUGAGCGCAGGUGGACCACAAAUCUACACGGCCUGCCUUCGAGAACCGGCAAAAUUAAGAACAUCGCUCAUUUUGACGCCACUUUCUUCGGUGUGCAUGCUAAACAGGCUCAUGUCAUGGACCCACAGCUACGUAUGAUGCUCGAGUUGACUCAUGAGGCAUUGAUUGAUGCAGGCAUCAAUCCCUCUGAAUUCCGCGGUAGCAAUACGGGUGUCUUUAUUGGUACAUCAGACAGUGAGUCUGGCGAAAUUUGGACCAAGGAUCCUGACCAGAUCAAUGGUUACAGUUUGACUGGUUGCGCUCGCGCCAUGUUCCCUAAUCGUAUCAGCUACACUUUUGACCUGCAGGGACCUAGCUUUGCAAUUGACACUGCCUGCUCCAGCAGUAUGUUUGCCCUUCACCAGGGUUACAUGGCAAUCAAGACUGGUCAAUGCGACUCUGCAAUUGUUGGUGGUGUCAAUCUAGUACUCAAGCCCAACUGCUCUCUGCAGUUUCACCGAUUGGGCAUGUUGAGUCCCGAGGGCAAGUGUAAGGCUUUUGAUGCCGAGGGUAAUGGUUAUGUGAGAUCUGAGGCGGCUGUUAUCAUUGUUCUGCAGAGAGCCAGCAAAGCAAACAGGGUUUACGCUUCUCUCUUGGGCUCCAAGAUCAACACUGAUGGUCACAAGGAACAGGGCAUUACAUAUCCAUCUGGAGCUAUGCAAGGCAAACUUGUGAAAGAGUUGUACUCUGAAAUUGGCGUUGACCCGAAUGAUAUUCAAUACAUUGAAGCGCACGGCACUGGCACCAAAGUGGGAGAUCCACAAGAAGUCAACGCCAUCGCUGAAUACUUUUGCAAGAAUAGGAAAACACCUCUUUUGAUCGGUUCAGUUAAAAGUAAUAUGGGUCAUUCAGAACCAGGCUCGGGAUUGUGCGCCGUUGCUAAAAUUCUCAUUGCUAUGGAAGCUGGUGUAAUUCCCGCCAACUUGCACUUUAACUCUCCCAACAAAGACAUUCCGGCUUUGAGCGACGGUCGCUUGAAGGUUGUAUCACAACAUGAAAAGUGGAACGGGGGUAUUGUCGCAGUCAACUCGUUUGGUUUUGGCGGUGCCAACGCCCACGUGGUUAUGCGUUCCAACCCCAAGCCGAAAACUACCUGGCCCGCACCGGAAUCACCCAGGUUGGUGACCGUUUCUGGCCGUACUGAAGAAGCAGUUCAUUACUUCUUGGACCAAAUCAAAGAGAAGGGACACGAUGAAGAGUUCUAUGCUUUGGUGAAUCAAAUUCACGCGCAAAAUAUCAACGGCCACAAUUACCGCGGAUUUUCGGUUUUGGGCAAUGAUGAAAUCAGAGAUGUAGCAAUGGUGGGCAACGAAAGACGCCCCAUUUGGUGGGUGUUUACCGGUAUGGGUUCUCAAUGGCCUGGUAUGGGCAGAGAUCUGAUGAAGAUCGAACUCUUUCAACAGACAAUCAAACGCGCCGCACUCGUUUUUAAGCAGUACAACAUGGACUUGGAAGAAAUCCUGAAUGGAGAUGAAGAAUCCCUAUCUAACAUCAAAAACUGCUUUAUUUCUAUCGCAGCCAUUCAAGUUGCUUUGGUUAAUGUACUCAAGGCUCUUGGCAUUGAACCCGAUGGUAUUCUUGGUCACUCUAUUGGUGAGGUUGGUUGUGCUUAUGCCGAUGGAACCUUAACACUUGAGCAAACUAUGCAAUUGGCGUAUGCUCGUGGUAUGGCUAUUACCGAAAGCAACCUCCCUGAGGGUGCCAUGGCCGCCGUUGGUCUUACAUGGGAAGAGUGUAAAACAAGGUGCCCAAGUGACGUGUACCCUGUCUGCCAUAACAGUGCCGACAGUGUUACAAUUUCUGGUCCCCCAGAAUCACUUACCAAGUUUAUCAAUGAGUUAACCGCUCAAGGAAUCUUUGCUAAGCGCGUCAACAGUUCUGGUUAUGCUUUCCACAGCAAAUACAUCGCUGACGCAGGACCAAAACUGCGCAAGGCAUUAGACACAAUCAUUCCCUUGCCAAAAGCAAGAAGUUCACGAUGGGUUUCUACCUCCAUCCCUGAGUCUGCAUGGGGCACUCCAUUGGCUCAGCACAGCAGCCCAGCUUACCACGUCAACAAUUUGCUCUCGCCUGUCAACUUCUACGCAGCAACAAAGAAAAUUCCAGAGAAUGCAAUUGUCAUCGAAAUUGCCCCACAUGCUCUGCUCCAAGCUAUUCUUAAGAGAAGUUUGGGUAAGGGUGUUACCAACAUUGGUUUGGUAAGGAGGGGACAUGAAGACAACGCUCGCUUCUUCUUAUCUAACAUUGGCAAAAUCUACAACGCUGGUGGUCUGCCCAAUAUUUCUAAACUGUAUCAUCCCGUGAGUUUCCCAGUUGGUCGCGGAACCCCCACAUUGGCCUCAAUGGUCCAAUGGGAUCAUUCUAUUGAAUGGGAUGUUGCCAACUUCUGUGACAAGAAUUCACGUGCUGGUGAACUUGUUGUCGACAUUGACUUGAGCAAAGAAGAACACAAGUAUUUGACUGGUCAUGCCAUCGAUGGACGUAUUCUAUUCCCUGCCACCGGUUACUUGACCCUAGUAUGGAAGACUUUUGCCAAAAUGCGCAAUCAAGACUUUGAACAAACUGCUGUGGUCUUUGAAGAUGUCAAAUUUAUGCGUGCUACGAUUAUGCCUAAGGAUGGCAUGGUUAGAUUCUUAAUCAACAUCUUUGAAGGAUCUGGUGAAUUCGAAAUCUGUGAAAGCGGAUCUGUCGCUGUUGCUGGCAAAAUUCGUGUACCGGAAGAACCUGCCAAGGAAUUCUUGACUCUGCCCAAACUCGUCACAAAGGCCGAAAAGGAUGAUCAUCCUCUAGUCAAGGCCGAUAUUUACAAAGAACUCAGACUGCGCGGUUAUGACUAUGACGGUAUCUUCAGGGGAAUUGAUUCGUCCGACCCUUACGGAAACACCGGUAAAUUACAGUGGGAAAACAACUGGAUUAGCUUCAUGGACACUAUGCUACAGUUCUCCAUUUUGGGCCAAAAUGUCCGUGAACUGUAUUUACCUACUAGACUGCAAAGGGCUGUUAUCAACCCGGUGGAGCAUCUUCAAAAUGCCGCCGAGACCAUGCCCGUUUCCAACUACAAAGAAAUCGGUGUUUUCAAAGCCGGUGGCAUCGAGCUGAGAGGCUUGAAGGCCAGUUUGGCCCCACGCCGUCAGCAAGCUCAAUCUGAUCCCCAAUUGGAGCAAUACCAGUUCGUGCCUUACAACAAUGUCAAACAAAUUGUUGAUGAGAAAGUCGCUUUGACCGUAGCUUCUCAGCUUGCAUUAGAAAACAGUUCGGGCGCACUUAAGAUGAAGGUUGUGGAAGUUGCGCUGGGCAGGCCAACCGAAGCCUUAUUGAUCCCGAAGGUUCAAAGCAUUUUGGAAUGCCAACCUAUGCUUGCCGUUGACUGCACUGUCAUUGCCCAGGGUGGUAUUGACGCGGCUGUCAUGGAAGAAAAGACUAUCAAGAUUGCGUCUAAAGACCCAGCUGCUGACGUCUUUGAACAGAAUGUUCAUUACAUUCUCAUGUCCGACGUGCUGGUACAUAAUCAGGCAUCUAUUUUGCAAAACGCUGUUCGCUCUCUCAAAUCAGGUGGUUUCAUUCUCUUGGAAGAGCCAAGAAAUUUCAAUGAUUUUAAACUUCUCAAACAAGAGAAUCUUGAAGUUGUAUACCAACAACCGACUGAAACCAAAAUGUUUAUUUUGGUGAGACAAUCCGAGGAAAUCCCACAAGAUCUGUUUGUCAUCAUGAUCAACGAGAACAACUUUUCCUGGGUUGAACCUCUCAAGGAAGCCUUAAGAGAAUCAGAAACUACCAACCAGAAGAUCUACUUGGUUGCGCAAGGACAAGAAUUAAACGGUCUUGUUGGCAUGGCCAAUUGUAUCAAGCAAGAACCCGGCGGUGUGAACAUGCGCGCCAUUUUGAUUCAAGACAAGAACGCAGAGAAGUUCUCUCUGAAAUCCAAAUUCUACGUUGAGCAACUCCAAAAGGACCUUGUCCACAAUGUAUUAAAGAACGGUGCUUGGGGUAAUUUCAGGCACUUGACUCUGGAAUCUACCAACAAAACUAUGUUGCAAGUUGAGCAUGCUUUCAUCAACACCAUGACUCGCGGUGAUUUGGCCAGUUUGAGGUGGAUCGAAGGACCACUCCGUUACUACGAGGGCAACGAUCCCAAGACCGAAUUGUGCUCUGUAUACUAUGCCCCAUUGAACUUCAGAGAUAUUAUGCUCGCCACCGGUAAACUGCCUCCAGAUGCGCUUCCAGGUGACUUGGCUGGUCAAGAUUGUAUUUUGGGUCUGGAAUUCUCCGGUCGCGACAGUCAGGGCCGCCGUGUUAUGGGCAUGGUUGCCGCUAGGAGUUUGGCUAGUUCCGUUUUGGCCGAUCCAGGCUUCCUCUGGGAAGUACCUGAGAAGUGGAGCUUGGAAGAAGCCGCCACCAUUCCCGUUGUAUACGGAACCAGCUACUAUGCACUUAUUGUGCGUGGACGUCUUACCCCCGGCCAGUCUGUGCUGAUUCAUGCCGGUACUGGUGGUGUAGGCCAAGCAUCUAUUGCUAUUGCAUUGCACAUGGGUUGCACAGUGUAUACCACUGUGAGUAGCCAAGCUAAACGUGACUUCCUGAAGAAACGAUUCCCGCAGUUGACUGAUAACAAUAUUGGUAACUCACGUGACUGUUCUUUCGAGCAGUUGGUUUUGAGUCAAACUAAGGGUAAGGGUGUCGACAUUGUUCUGAACUCAUUGGCCGGCGAUCAACUGCAAGCCUCCGUUCGUUGCUUGGCAAAUGGCGGUCGCUUCUGCGAAAUUGGCAAAGUUGAUCUGUCUAGCAACUCUGGCUUGGGCAUGAGCGUCUUCUUGAAGAAUACCACAUUCCAUGGUAUCUUGCUCGACGCUUUGUUCGAUUCUGACCAUCCCGAUAAGAGAGAAGUUAAACGUUUGGUCAAUGAAGGUAUUGCCAACGGCGCUGUUCAGCCAUUACCAAACACUGUGUUCGCUGAAAAUCAAGCGGAACAGGCGUUCCGUUUCAUGGCUAGCGGCAAACAUAUUGGCAAAGUUCUCCUCAAGAUCAGAGAUGAGGAAAGUAGGAAGACCAUGAUACCACCAGUGAAGACAGUCAACGCUAUUCCCAGGAGUUACAUGGAUCCUAACAAAACCUACGUGCUUGUCGGUGGUUUGGGAGGUUUUGGCUUAGAAUUGGCCAACUGGUUAAUUACUCGUGGAGCAAAGAAAAUUGUACUCACAUCUCGCAGCGGUAUUAAGACCGGUUAUCAAUCAUUGUGCAUCAGGAGAUGGAGAAAUAUGGGUGUCAAUGUGGUGAUUUCUACAUCUGACGCAACCUCCGAAGCGGGUGCCAAGAAAUUGCUUCAGGAAGCAUCUACUGUUGGUACAAUCGGAGGCAUUUUCAAUCUUGCUGUAGUUUUGCGUGAUGCCUUUAUGGAAAACCAAACCGAAGAAGAUUUCGUGACAGUAUGCAAACCAAAGAUUGACGCAACUAAACAUUUGGAUGCCGCAUCUAGGGUUCUAGCCCCCAAUCUAGACUACUUUGUAAUCUUCUCGUCAGUUUCUUGCGGCCGUGGUAAUGCUGGUCAGGCUAACUACGGUCUUGCUAACUCUGCCAUGGAGAGAAUUUGUGAAGCUCGCCAAGCUUCCGGUCUACCUGGUGUUGCUAUUCAAUGGGGUGCUAUUGGCGAUGUUGGUUUGAUUCUCGAAACCAUGGGUGGUAAUGACACUGAAGUCGGUGGCACUUUGCCCCAAAAGAUUGCCUCUUGCUUGUCCACCAUGGACAUUUUCCUACAACAGCCACACCCAGUCGUUGCCAGUAUGGUCUUGGCCGAAAAGAGGAAGGGUAGCGGUGACGCCAAUCAAGUAAAACUUACUGAUGCCGUUGCCAACAUUCUGGGUAUUAAGGACUCGAAAACCGUUGCGCCAGUUGCCUCUCUUGCCGAUUUGGGCAUGGACUCUUUGAUGGGUGCCGAAAUCAAACAGACUUUAGAAAGAAACUACGAUUUGGUAAUGUCUGCACAAGAAAUUCGCGCAUUGACAUUCGGCCAGCUUGUCGACCUCGAAACCGGCAGCAGCGGAACAACCACCGAAACUAAUACACAAGAAGACAAGAAUCUCUUGCAAUUCGACGAACAACUCAUGCCCUCUCAGUCUAUUAUCAAGAUGACCAGCAAAGACACCAAAGGAAAGUCGCCUGUAUUUAUUCUGCACCCGAUUGAAGGUGUUGUCACCGCUCUCAAGGGACUUGCAAAGGACAUCCAAGCACCUGUCUACGGUCUUCAAUGCACAACUUCCGCUCCGCUAAGUUCCAUUGGCGAUCUUGCCAAAUUCUAUAUCACUCAAAUGAAGAGCGUCCAAGAAAAGGGACCUUACACACUUAUUGGUUAUUCAUUCGGUGCCUGCGUCGCUUUCGAAAUUGGCGUUCAAUUGGAAGCCAAGAAAGAAAAGGUAAAGCUGUUCUUUAUCGACGGAUCACCCACCUACGUAGCCACACACACCGGCAAGGCAAAGGUGCACAAAGUGGAAGCUGGUAACAAGGCGUCUGAGCAAAGUGAAGCGUUAUUGUAUUUCAUUCAUCAGUUCGUGGAAGUUGACCAACAAAAGACUGUUGCUGAAUUACGGGCAUUAAAUACUUGGGAAGAGCGUGUAAAGCGUGCAACUCAAAUUGUUAGUGAAUCAACCAAAUUCCCCAAGGAACAGAUUGCGGCUGCUGCUGAAAGUCUCUACUUCAAAUUGGUAGCUGCCGAUCAGUACAAGGCCACCACCCGCUUUAACGGCCCAGUCGUGUUAGUGAAAGCCAGCGAGAAUUAUGUACAAAUGGGUGAAGACUACGGUUUAUCACAAGUGUGCCAACAAAAGGUGAAGGUAGAAGCACUUAGCGGUAACCAUCGAUCUAUCCUAACCAACCCUCAACUGGUACAAAUCGCGAACGCGCUUUGCGAAGCGUAAUAUGCGCACCAAGGAGGAAUCUGAAUCUCUAGUACACUCAAUGACUCCGACGACUUUUAUAUAACGCACUCGUGUGUGUGAAACGCAUGCAAAUGUGCACUAGUGUAAUUUAUUGCUAAUUGUAAAUAACGAUAUUUUGUGAUUUAAUCUUUCGCGGCGUUAUAUUGAUUAUAAUGGUAAAUUUUUCUUUCGAAAACGGUAUUUAUAGAUGAUUUAGGCAGGGGCAUUCAGUUUAUUUUGUAGUUGAACCAAAGAUAUCUAAAUGACAAACGUGGUGGAAACAGCAUCAAUAUAUUUGCAAGAAACAAGGAAAAUUGUAAUUUGUACCAACUUUAACUUUGAAGCAUGCCGGUUUGUUGCUUGACCGUUUGCUUUGUUGUUACAGUUGCAAAAUACUCAGAAAAAACUUAUAUUUUUAUUAUAUUUACCUAAUUUAAACGGCA